CCAGCGUCUUCCAGUUACGUCUUGGCUCGGGUAUUGAGUACGCCGUUGUGUGCUUUGGGGGAAACGAGUGGUGUGGUCCUGGUGAUCAGAGCAGUGGCGAGAGGAAGGAGGCUGUUCUUUCUACCUGCCCGACUGUACUGCGCAUAGGUUGAGUCCGCCCAGCUAGCUCCUGGUGUAUUUGGGAAGAUCUGUCACCCGCUAUGCCGCUGCCCGUCGCGCUGCAGACUCGCUUGGCUAAGAGAGGCAUCCUCAAACAUCUGGAGCCUGAACCAGAGGAAGAGAUCAUUGCUGAGGACUAUGAUGAUGACCCUGUGGACUAUGAGGCCACCCGGUUAGAGGGGCUGCCACCAAGCUGGUACAAGGUGUUUGACCCAUCCUGUGGUCUUCCUUACUACUGGAACGUGGACACAGACCUCGUGUCCUGGCUGUCCCCACAUGACCCCAACUCCAUCGUUACCAAAUCUGCCAAGAAGCUCAGGAGCAGUAAUACAGAAAAAAAGACUUUCGUGUCCCCAGAAGCUGAGGAGAAGCUGGACCGGGCCCACGACAAGUCGGACCGGGGCCAUGAAAAGUCAGACCGCAGCCACGAUAAGUCAGACCGCAGCCACGAUAAGUCUGACAGAGAUCGUGAGCGUGGCUAUGACAAGGUAGACAGAGAUAGAGAUCGGGAUCGGGAUCGGGACCGGGACCGGGACAGGGACCGUGGCUAUGACAAGGCAGACCGAGACGAGGGCAAAGAACGGCGCCACCACCGCCGGGAGGAACUGGCUCCCUACCCCAAGAGCAAGAAGGUAGCAAGCCGAAAGGAUGAAGAAUUAGACCCCAUGGACCCCAGCUCCUACUCAGACGCACCCCGGGGCACGUGGUCAACAGGACUCCCCAAGCGAAAUGAGGCCAAGACAGGAGCAGACACGACGGCGGCCGGGCCCCUCUUCCAGCAGCGCCCGUACCCAUCCCCUGGGGCCGUGCUCCGGGCCAACGCUGAGGCUUCCCGAACCAAGCAGCAGGACUGAUCCUCUGCCUUCCUGAGCCCUGGACAGGGCUUUAAUUAAAGCUCUUCUGAGCACCUGCA